AUGGAGUGCACACCAGACGAGCGUGUCGGCUUGAGCCCCGAGGAUGAGCUCAAGCUUUUUGAGGAGAUAGUAGUGGACAAAAUUAAGGCGGAGACAGAUGCAAUGAAAAAAGGCAUGUCAGAGCUCCAAAGUGUGUUGCACAAUGGCCUUGACGGGUGGAGGAGAGAACAGCAAGGCUUCAUGGAAGGCUUCUACCACGAGUGUUCCCAAAAAUUAUCCGCAGAGUUGGACAGCGCCAUGGACCGAAAUUCCCGCCGUCUGGAUGCCAUUGAGAAACGACUGCAAAAUCUGGAGGAAAACAUCACUGGGCGCCUGUCCAAACUUGAACAAAAGAACGUUUCCUUUACAGAGUCGACCCACUCCUCUCCGUCACGCGGUCUGGAGCACCAGGGAGACCUGUAUGACGUCAUCGCAGCGGCCUCAGGUGUCUUUGACGCACCCCCCCCAGCUCAAGGCGGAGAUGUAGAGCCUGUGGAAACGCCACAGGAAAUGGAUGCACCGUUGCCACCACCAGAACCAGAACCCGAGGUCUUGGCGGCUAUACGUCCGUUUCUUCCACGUCAGAUUAGCCGCCACGAAAGACUGAGUGACUGUGGCCCCUCCGACCGUACGUGGGCCAAUCCCGUUGGGAGUGGGUCCACUGUGGACUGGCUGCGGGUGUAUGAUAAGGCCAACGUGGAGCGGAACCCCCCCGUGUGCAUACUUCCCCUUGGCACGGGCAACGACCUGGCACGCUGUCUACGCUGGGGAGGAGGUUACGAGGGGGAAAGCCUGAUGAAGAGCCUGCGUGAUGUGGAGAACAGUGUGCAGGUGAUGUUGGACCGCUGGAAGAUCAACGUGACGCCCAUAGACAAAGACGAGCGCGAAGACCCCGCCCCCUUCAGCAUCAUCAACAACUACUUCUCCAUCGGAGUGGUACGGCUUACUCUUAGCUUCAGCUAG